AUGGCGGCGGCUGUGGCAAACCAGGUUCAAUCUGUUCGUUUUGGUGGCGGCCCAUCGGGUAGUGGAGUGACAUUGACGAUUUCUGGAGGAGGGGGUCCAUCAACAACAACAUCCAGCCCUGGAAAUAAUGCUCUUAACCGACGUCCGGUGAACACCGUAUUUCGCUUCCCAGCAACACCAUCUUCGGUACAGCUACAGCAGAUGGAUGUUAUGAUGAUGGGCGAUGGACCCGGUCGUCGCUUGCGAAAGAAUGUGGCUAACGUUAGGCGACAUGUUGAUUACGUUGCUACGGUUCUCAACCAUGCGGAGUCCCGGCUAUGGUUGUACAAACGAUGGCAGCGUCCUGUUCAGCAGCCUGAUGAGUUGUACCAAAAUACGGCUUUGCCUGCCCGGUGUACUCCAGAAGUUCCUGUGGACUGCAUUCUUACAAAAUUCGUCAGAGCAGCAAUGAACAAAGUCAAGUGCCCAGUUUAUAGUUUAUGCUGGACUCCUGAGGGUAAACGACUUAUUACGGGUGCAUCAACUGGUGAAUUCACAUUAUGGAACGGGACGGCUUUCAACUUUGAAACAAUUCUACAGGCUCAUGAUUCUGCUAUACGAGCCAUGACGUGGUCGCACAACGAGCAGUGGUUGGUCUCAGCAGAUCACGAAGGAUUCAUAAAGUAUUGGCAACCAAACAUGAACAAUGUUCACAUGUAUCAGGCACAUAAAGAUGAGCCCGUUAGAGGGUUAUCGUUCGCCCCAACUGAUGUAAAAUUAGCGUCCGCAUCUGACGACGGGACAGUCCGUAUAUGGGAUUUUGCUAGAUGUGUGGAAGAAAGAGCUAUGCGUGGUCAUGGGUCGGAGGUAAGAUGUGUUGCCUGGCAUCCAUUCAAGGGAAUGAUAGUGACAGGUUCGAGGGAUUCUCAGCAACCAGUGAAGCUGUGGGAUCCGAGGACAGGAGACUGUCUGACGACAUUGCAGGAUCACAAAAGUUCCGUAAUGGCCGUUGAUUGGAACCGAAACGGUAACUGGCUGCUGACGGCGGGUCGUGAUCAUCUUGUCAAACUCUAUGAUCUGCGCACUAUGAAAGAGAUGUACUCUUACAAAGGCCACAAGAAAGAAGUCACUUCAAUCUCCUGGCACCCUAUUCAUGAAGGGCUUUUUGUGUCUGGUGGAGGAGAUGGUUCUAUCGCCUACUGGCUAGUAGAGAACGAGAAGGAGGUUGCCUUCCUCGAGCAUGCUCACGAUCAAGCUGUUUGGGCCAUGAAGUUUCAUCCCAUGGGCCAUAUAUUGGCAACAGGUUCGAAUGACAACAAUACAAAGUUUUGGGCCCGAAACCGACCUGGUGAUACUCAAGAGGAUAUAUUUGGACUAGCUUCAUUCACGACCAAUAUGGUUGGCGCAUUGGAUAAGGAACGCGAGCCCAAAAGCACAUCUGUACGUCUCGACGAGGAAUACCUUGCUCCAGUUAUUCCU